AUGUCGAAGUAUAGAGCUCCAUUACCACAUUUCAAUUGCAAGAGUAAAUUUGAGAAAAUUUAUGAAGAAAAUUUGAAUAAUGGAAGUUUCAAAAGGAUAAACAAUCGCAAGAAUAACGAAAUCCGGGAUAUGUUUAUCAAAUUAGGAGAAGAUGAAAACUAUGGUUCUUCAUGUUUCUAUUCAUUGGGGAAUACAAAAAUAUUAACCACUGUAUAUGGUCCUAAUCCAGAUUCAAAAUACGCAACUUAUAGUAAGGGGAAAGUUUUUUUAGACGUCAAAAGUUUGAAUAUUAACACAAUAGGAGCUAGCGAUAGGGAAAGAGAUAAUGAUAUAAAGAGUUUAUUGAUUGAAUGUAUUUCAAAUAUUAUUUUAUUAGAAAAAUAUCCGCAGUGUUCUAUUAAAAUAAAAUGUUUGAUAAUUCAAGAUGAUGGAGGAUGUUUAAGUGCAACAUUAACCUGUAUAUCUCUUGCCUUAUUAAAGGCACAAGUACAAAUGAAAGAUAUUAUUAUAUCGAUAAAUAUAAAUUCGAUAAUAUGUCCAGUUACCAAAAAAAUGUAUCAUCUUGUAGAUCUUGAUGGAAUGGAAGAAAAAUAUUAUCAAAGUAAAUAUGAAAUGAAUUCUAUAACAUUGGGUAUAUGUUUAAAUUUAAAGACUGUUUGUUUUUAUCAUGGGGCAGGCAGUUUUUUUAAUAGUAAAAACUUGGCUGAAAUAACAAGUUAUGGUGAAUGUGCAUGUAAAUCAUUAGGUAGUGAAAUAAAAAAAGUUCUGAAACAAUAUACGAAGAAAAGAAUAGAUUCUAUAUAUGAGAAAGUUAAUGUAUUAGAAUAA